AUGAAGAAACUGCUUUGCUGCUCGACUUUUCUACUGUCAUUUUCCCUAUUGUCGGAAGCUCGACCUGCACUGGAGAAAGAUUAUAAUAUCGAUCAUUUUGAGAUCAGCAGCGAUACUAAUGGUCAAUCAUUUUCCUAUAAAACGUUGGACAACCAAUGGCGCGACGAAACGGUUGAGCUCAACCCCAAAACCGGAGUGGUGGUAAUAUCUGGCUGGUACAGAUACAUCGGACCGGACGGUAUCACCUAUCAGGUCAAGUACGUGGCGGACGAGAACGGUUUUCGACCGCUCGGGACGCAUCUGCCCGGUGCCAAUUUGACCGAUCCGAACGCAUUCAACGUGUUUACACCGCUCGUCGAUAGUGGCGUUUCGCGAACAGUGUUGCUAUCAUUGGUUGGAUAG